UUUAAUACAAAUCUGAGGAUAUAUUUGUUGUAUUUGUUAAUAAAAUGUAUCUCUGUGUUUGUGCAGACGUUGACGAGGCGGCAGUCCCACCAGCAGGAGGCCAUCUGGGAGCUGCUGCACACUGAGGCUACCUACAUCAAGAAACUCCGAGUCAUCACUGAUUUGUUCCUAUGUGGGCUGCUGAACCUGCAGGAGAGUGGUCUGCUGACGGAGGUGGAGCCCACCAAGCUGUUCAGUAACAUCCAGGAGAUUGUCCGCCUCCACACCUCCCUGUGGAACCAGGUCAUGCUGCCCGUCCUGGAGAAGGCCAGACGGGCUCGGGCUCUGCUCGACCCCACUGACCUCCACGACGGCUUCAAGACAUUUGGCUCCAGGUUCCAGCCCUACAUCCGUUACUGCAUGGAGGAGGAGGGCUGUAUGGAGUACAUGCGCACGCUUCUCAGGGACAAUGAGUUCUUCAGGACCUACGUCACGUGGGGAGAGACCUUUGAAGAGUGUAACCGUCUGAAGCUGGCCGACAUGUUGGCAAAGCCUCACCAGAGACUGACCAAAUACCCCCUCCUACUGAAGAGUGUCCUCAAGAAGACUGAUGAGCCAUCCGCCCGCGAUGUGGUCAACAGCAUGGUGGCGACAGUAGAGGGCUUCAUCAACAGCGUGGACUCUCAGAUGCGGCAGCGGCAGGAACAGCAGAAGCUGGCCACCAUCUCAGCCCGUAUAGACUCAUACGAGGCUGUAGAAGGCAGCAGUGAAGAAGUGGAGAAGAUCCUUAAGGAGUACAACCGUUUUGACCUUAUGGCUCCCAUGAGAGGAAUAUCACCAGAGGAGACUCGACAGCUGCAUCUAGAGGGAGCGCUGAGGAUGAAAGAAGGCAAAGACAGUAGGAUGGAGGUUUACUGUUUCCUGUUCACUGACCUGCUGCUAAUUACCAAGUCAGUAAAAAGAGUGGAGAAAGUCAAAAUUAUCCGCCAGCCUCUCCUCAUUCACAAUGUUGUCUGUAAGGAGCUCAAAGACCCUGGCUCAUUCAUCCUCAUCUACCUCAAUGAGUUCAAGAGUGCAGUGGCAGCUUACACUUUCCAAGCCAACAGCGCCACCCAGGGGCGGAGCUGGAUAGAUGCUAUCUGCAAUGUCCAGAACCAGCUGCAGAGGCUUCGUACUGAGGAGAUCCUCCGGCAGCAGAAAAAUCUGAAGAGAUGUACGGAGCAUGACGAAGAGGAGGAUGAGGAAGAUGAAAGCAGCAACUCCACUACAAGUUCGCCAUGCCUGAGGCACAAGGAGCAGCUGAAUUCAAGUCAAUCAGAUGGUUCCACUGAGACCCUGUCAGUGAUGGACGUUGAUGAGCCAUGCGAGCCUCAAGAGUCUCCUGCCUCCAUCCUGAUCAUUGAGGGAAUCACUACUAAAGACUCAGACACGGAUGUGGUUCCGCUUUCUGAAAGGCCUGAGAUUCAGCACACCACAAGCCCCCACAGAGUCCACUCCAGUAUUUACUCCGAGCACAAUCAGGAGGUGGGGCCUGACGGCGAGGAGCUGGACCCCCAGCGUCGCUCUCUCUCCAUGGACAGCGCCUACGGUACCCUCUCACCUGGAUCCCCCCUGAAAGAACUGCUGCCACAACCUGGCCAAAGUGAAGGAGAGGAGACCGAGGAGGAGGAGGGAGACAGGGAGGGUCGGGGUGAGGCGGAAAUAGAGGAGGAGGAGGAAGAGGAGGAUGCCUCACUGGGGUCCCAGCUGUCAGUCAUCCAGUCCUCCUGUAAACCUCGCCGGCGGCCUCAUGUUCAGUCGCGUCUCCACUGUCUCCAGAGGUUGUCCUCUCUGAAGUUGUCCCGCUCUGAGGACAAUCUCCUACAGCGCUUCCAUGGUAAAACUCCCAUCAACCACACGCACUCGCUCAGCUCUGAGGCGCAGGACCAAUCACAGUGUGUGGACUCAUUGCUGGCACACAGCAGGAGCCUGUCAGAGCUGGGACAAAAGUGCAGAGAGGUGUUUUCCAGUGACCUCGACCGGUCUGAUGACUGCUUGAGCAUAACCUUGCCCUCUGAUGAACUUAGUGCCACCCCUGCUGGACCACGUGAGGGUAAUGAGUCUCCAAACAACAGCUCAGAUGGGGAAACGGCUCCAUCUGCCCGCCCAGAUAAGAAAUGCAAGUCAAAGGCAACAAGCGAUUCAGAGGAAAUGUCACCUGCAAAGAGGAAAUCUCCAGCCCAGCAGCACAAGAAGCUGACGCUAGCUCAGCUGUACAAGAUACGCACCACUCUCGUCCUCAACUCCACGCUGACAGCAUCAGAGGUGUAACCACAAAGACUGUCCGGUGGCACGCAGACAUUACAAGGAACAACAAACUUGUUUUGUUUUUUCAGGAUGGACUGAAUUUCUCGAGACACGAAUGCACUCUUUCUCUUACUGCUCUCUCCCUUCCUGUUGGUUUUUUUUGGACAGUGACUGUACCAUUAUUACAUUUUAACAAUAAUCCCAUUUUGCAUUCUGUUUUUUUUUUUGCUUUUGCAUUGGUUUUGAAUUUCUCAAAACGGAAGGGAGAGGCAGAGAGACACUAACCGCUUGCACUUUGCAACAGAAGUAGCAUUUUGGGGGCUGGGACCUUAAGGUGGACUGAGGGAGUGUGAAAGGGAUGGACGUCCUGUCCCUGCAGAGAGAGCAGACAUCCAGACAGAGGCCUGCAACCUCGUCCUGCACUCUAGAAGAGGUUCAGCUGAAUCCUGCACCUCUUUUCUCUCCUGACUUGAAGAGAGGGACACCAAAUGCUCUCUACACAUGGCUAAAAAAGACAAAACAGCACCUAGGACGACCUCCUGAUACUUGUAGUACUCCUGGUUUGCUUCAACAAAAGAGAAAAAGUGAAAAUUGCACAGUUAUCUUUGUUAAGUAGAAGAAUCACUAAAGGGUGAAUUUACAUUUACAGUCACACAGUGAAUUUGUUGUUUGUGUUUGCUUGUGUACAGGUGUAUGAAUGUGUGUUCGAAUGAUACGUGCUCUUUGAUUCCUGACUGAACCAAAACUGAUCCCCAUCUCCUAUGAACGUGCUAAUGCACCCAAAGACGAAAGACCUGUGUAGCCCAAAGACAAAACAGCCGCGUCACGACAGAGAUGGAUUUCUGCUGCCUUCAAAUGGAAAUUGCGAGCUUCUAAUUGCUAUUUGGAAAGUCGUGCACAUGAAACACUUUCAAGUGGUGGCGUUGACUAUAAGUUGUGAUAACACCGCUGCUAGGAACCAGCGACAUAGGUGUUACCGUCGGCCUCUAGAAACCACUGUGAAUACAAAUUUAGCAAGCUAAUGAGUGGGAAGUGCAAAUACACAAUGAAGCGAUGAAGCUGUUGGACAGACCAACAUUAUACUGAGACAUUAUAAAAGACUAAAUUACAAUAUAUCGCCUUACAAUCCACUGAAAUAUAACCCUUUGUGCCACUUCUGAAAAUGUCAGCCUCCAUUUGAAGGCAGCAUUCCUUCUGUACCGUUAAGUUUUUGAUUGGUAUGUCAAACUAAUGAGGUGUUACCGAUAUAAAAAAAAUGACUGAAUAUAGAUGACUACAACUGUUUUGUGGAAUUUCCUGCACUCUCUCUAUAUAUUUUAGCGUGAAGCAUAAAUGUAUUAAAACUACAUGUAGAAGUGCACAAACCAGAACUGGGUCACAGGAGUGAAAAAAAAAAAGUCUAGACUUGUCUGCAUUUCUUUACCAUUAACAGGUUGAAGAAAAAAAGGUUUGGGGUGAAUAUUCUGUCAUGAGUGAAUCUGCAGAGCUUUGGCUGAACAGCUUUCACUAGGAGAUUUUAAAAAAAAAACCUUAACAUUCACACACUGACGUUUGGCUUUUCACAUCAGUGAUUAUUAACCUUACUCCAAACAUUGCCCAAACCAAACAGGUUAACUCUGUUUACUUUUAGUUUUUUUUUUGUUUAUGUGUAAUAUUUAUUAUGCCUGCUAUGUUUUAUAUAUAAGAUAUUGUUUAUAUUGUUCACUUCCAUGAUUUGUAAAUUUUUUUUUUGUCAAUGUAGUCUUAAUUUUUUUUUCUUGCGAGGCAUUAAUGUGCUAUGAACCAAAAUUAUGUGUUUCCUCUUUCAGGAAUGACUAAAGUGUCUUACAAAAUAAAAAACAGCGAAAACACUUUACAAUCCCUCUUUUAAUGGUUUAAUCCAAUGUAAUGGAGUGAUUUGAGGUGAGAGGCUGAAGCUAAAUGGCAUCGCAUUAAACAACAUGAACUGCU